UGAGUGCUCCAUGAGGACUUGGAAGAAAUCCCGGUCAUCACAUAGUGUGACCAGGGGGCUGGGAGUGUGCUGGUAACAUAGCAAGGAGACCAGCUUGGCUGGAGUCUUCAUGUACAGAGAGAAGUAGGGAGAGGAGGCUGGCAAGGUGGACAGGCAGGAUGCAGGGGGCCUUGAAUGCCAGGAGAGGCUGGAUUUGAUCCCACCCAACCUGAGCAAACAACUUGUAGAAGGAGGGAGGGGCCCGGCUCUUGGGCAGCCCCAGACAGGUUCUGGCUUUUCCUUAGGCUGUCCUUCCCCAGCCUCCUCCUGGUCCUCCCCUCUUCUUCCUCCCAGCCCAGGCCAACCUCCAGGAGUCCCUCCCUUCCUCCCUUUCUUCCACGUUGAUACUGGAUCUACUCUCCCAGCCUGCUGGAGAUAAUGUCAGGCAAGGGCAGGUCCCUUCGAUCUGGGUCCAUGGAAUCUGGGCCCUCUCCUCUCCUCUGCCUCCUCUUGCUCCUGCUGCCCUCCUAUAGCCAGACCGAGGCUGCGCCCCCUUGGCACCGAAGGUUUGAGUACAAAUUCAGUUUCAAAGGGCCGAGAUUGGCGAUCGCCGGGCAAGAGAUCCCCUUCUGGAGCCACCACGGAGAUGCCAUUCCUGGGAUGGAGGAAGUGAGACUGGCCCCAUCCAUGAGGAACAAGAGUGGAAGCAUGUGGACCCAGGCUGCCAUCCCCUUUCCCAACUGGGAGGUGGAAGUGGCCUUCCGUGUAUCCGGGCCGGGCCACCUGGGAGCUGAAGGGAUGGCGGUGUGGUACACCCGGGACAGAGGCCAGAGCGGCCCAGCCCUGGGCGCUCCUGCAUUCUGGGAUGGUGUCGGGAUCCUCUUUGAUUCUUUUGACAAUGAUGCUCAGAACAACCCUGUCAUUCAGAUUUUGGCAAAUGACGGCCAAGUUCCAUAUGACCACCUCAGAGAUGGAGGGGGCCAGGUGCUGGGUUCAUGUCUUUGGGACUUCCGGAACCAACCAUACCCAUUCCGAGCUAGAAUUAGCUACUGGGAGGAGAAGCUUCGGGUAUCUGUGAGCAAUGGCUUCACCACCCAAGGGGCAAUAGAUGAGGUCUGUGCUGAAGUAGGGCCCCUUCUUCUGCCUCCUGGGGGCUAUUUUGGGGUCUCAGCAGCCACUGGUACCGUAGCAGAUGACCACGAUAUCUUGUCUUUCUUGACCUUCAGCCUCAGCAAGCCAGCUCCAGAGGCUCCCCACCAUGUCAUUCAUGAAUCUGAGCAACAGAGGCUCCAGUAUCAGCUGCAGGAUGUGCAGAAGGAGCUCAAACACCAGAAGGAAACUUCUCCAAAGCUAGACUUGGCCAUCUCCUCCUGGGGCCCAGAAGAAGGGUAUCUUGACCUAGAACCAACUCUCAAGAGACACAGCCAGGUCCUGACGGAGCUCCAGGACCUGUCAGGGAAGGUGACUCAGACUGUGGGACAGUGGAGGGGUCAGAUGCAGUCCUUGAGACACUUGGGCAAGGAGAAGCUGGAGACUGAUGGAGCCCCGGCAAAUGGCUGGAAUUCUGCCUCUAUAAGGGUCCUGCUCCAUGGGCAGCAGACUUUGCUUCAGAACAUGCAGGAGAUGAGGGCUGCCGCCGCCAGCAUCGCCUCCAGGGCCAAAGCCGUGGCCCUGCCUGUGGGCACAGAGCAUCACUUCCAGGAGCUGCACCAGACUAUAGCCCUGCUGCAAAGAGAUGUAGAAAGCUUGCUUCUCCUGCCAGUGGGAGACUGA